GCCACGGAAAGGAGGGGGUGUAAAUGUGAACUGUAUCCUGAGUUGCAGUCCUGUCCCUGCAUUCCUCUCAUCAAGGAUUUGCUUGAAAGAAAAAAAAAUCAUAAAUAAUAACAUGGACACAGACUGGAAUACGGCGGAAAUCCAGCGGAUCGCUCACGGACUACUACUUUAAAGGCUGAUUAUGUUGUUUGCAGACCAUCGCUGAAUAAUUGGGGUAUUUCUGGUUUGGACGGCUUCAGCUUAAUAAAGGAGUAUACACAUGAGAAGAAAAAUAAACAGAUACGCCGCUUUAAAUGCGCUUUAAAAGCAGGAAAACAAGAUGGCUGGUGACAGUAAACGAUAACAAGGGCAAAACGCUAUUGUCCCCUUUAAGAACAAGAACUGUAUCUGUCUAAAAUACAUAAAUAUUUAAGCGAGAUAGCUUGAACAAAUAAUGCUUGACGUUACGCUGUUCGCGAUUUUUUAAGUAAAAUGAUCGCGAGACGCCGCAAUCAACCACGAGAAGGUGAACGCUGUGACUAAACAUGGACAGGCAGUACAUUUCGGAAAACCCUUUAACAUUUAACGACUAUAGAUAGCAAGAGAAUAGCUUUACAGAGGCUCGAGAGCGGAGUUUGAUCAAGAGAUUUGCGCGCGCGCGCGCGCGCGUGAGCGAGAGACAGAGCGCGAGAGAGAGCGAGCGAGAGCGCACUAGCUCCAUGGAAAUGUUUCAUAACGCACAUUAAUGUACUUAAACGCUUUUUUGUUGCUUGCUGUAAAUUGUUACGUUUCGGAGCACGGAGGCGGUUUGUUCUCGCUUCACCGACCGACUUGUUCAAAAUCACACACACACACCAUACCCACACGACUGCUACUGUAUUAGACAGAGUUAGAUUUAAAAAGAAAGAAAAAAAACAUUUUGCUUCUCGUUCUGAUUUGUAAAAAGUGUUUCUCGACACCUUGUGCGACAUUGACACUGUAGAGAGGCCUGUCCUGCUGCCAAGGUAAGUGUCAUACACCGCAAAUUAAAUCUAUAAUUUAUACUCGAUUCACCGCACAGGACACAACCGGUGCCGCUUCGGGACUGGAGAUAUUUUGAGCUAGCUCGACUCACGUGUGGUUUAAACUUUGUCGAUGAUUGGAUGCAUGGCUUACAUUUAAAGACCUGUUUUUAGAGAAACGUAUUUAUGGACUAUGCAGCUAUUUAUCAUCCGACUUUAACUUCCAGCGCACAUCCGUGUGUACAACUCACACACCAGAGAUGCAGCUUCUUCUCCCUGCGUCCUGAAGCGUAGUUCACUUAAAAGGUACAGGCUUCAGAGUGGUCUAGUGCGCUUUUAACAACUUUUAACUGUCUCUUUUUUUUGUAAUUGAAUGCAAUCAGUGGACUAAUCUGUGCACCUCCUCAUUCUCACAAAACAAGCACUCGCAUAGCCGAAAUAAUGUUUCUCGUUAGGACAGGGGCGUCUCAGACUAUAGGACAGCUAUAGGACUCCGGUUUGGUUUCUUAUAAUAAAGCCACCGCAGGUUUUCAGUAACAUGUCCGUCGCGAUCCGAUUGCAACAUUCAGAUCCCUGAUUUCUGGCUCAACUGCGGAAUCUGACUGCUGACAACUUGAAGAGGGGCGGAAGAGGCGCUCCCUGGACCGUGCAUGGAGACUUAUCAACAGCUGUUUAUGCAGACUUGUACGCCUGUGUGGACAAGCAGAGUCACACGCUUAUUUUUAUAAGAGGGGCACGAGAAUGCCUGAAACGGCGCGUCGACUCACUGGCGACUUAUUUUAAAUAGUUUUAAUAGGCUGUCAACUUAAAACUGGCCUGCAUGUCUUCUGCCCAAGCAGCUGAGAUGGCCGAGGCCUGGAAGAACUGUUUCGAGGAGGAGCUCAUCUGCCCCAUAUGCCUGCAUGUGUUCGUGGACCCCGUGCAGCUUCCGUGCAAGCACAACUUCUGCCACGGCUGCAUCAGCGAGGCGUGGGCCAAAGACGUGGGCAUUCUGCGGUGCCCGGAGUGCAAUCAGCCCUACAAACAGAAGCCCAGCCUCGACAAGAACAUCAAGCUAAUCAACAUCGUGGAGAAGUUCAACGCCCUGAACACAGAGAAGGAACCGGCCGUGCUGCAAUGCAUACUGUGCAGACGGGGACCCGCGCUUCCGGCGCAGAAAGUUUGCCUACGCUGCAACGCGCCCUGCUGCCAGUCGCACAUUCAGACACACCUUCAGCAACCUUCUUCAAAUGCCGGGCAUCUGCUGGUAGAUGUCGAAGACGUGCGGGCCUGGAGCUGCCCCCAACAUGAUGAAUACAGACUUUAUCACUGCGAGACCGAGCAGGUGGCCGUGUGUCGUUACUGCUGCUUCUCUAGAUGUGCAGUCGGCCAUGGACAUGGCGUCUGCGACGUGGAACUGCGUCAGAAUGAUAUACGGCACAUGCUGAUGAAGCAGCAGGAUCGAAUUGAUGAUCGAGUGCAGGACAUCGAAGAGCUGUUGUACAAGCUGGAGUCAGACAAACGGCAGGUGGAGGAUAAGGUGGAUCAGCUGAAACAAGAGGUGCGCUUGCAAUAUCAAAAAAUGCAACAGCUCCUGGAGGAGGACCUGGGGAAGGCUCUGAAUGUGUUGGAGAAGUCAUGGUCAAAGUUCUGCCAGGAAAACUCCAGACAAGUCUUGCAGCUCAAUGAGCGGCGUCAGGAGGCCAAGAAGAUGCUCAGCUCUGUCCAGGUCUUGUUUGACAAGGCAGAGAAUAUCAACUUCAUGAAGAACACAAAACCUGUAAAAAUCCUCCUAGAUAGAUCUCAGACAUCUAUAGACAGUGCACUACCUCCCUACAAUGCAGGUCACCUUAACUCUAAAGUCUUUCUCGCUGAAAUUUCUAAAAAGGAGAAGAACCUACGCAAAAUGCUGGAAGCACCCUUCGCCGCUCCUGCACACUUUUUCCAGAGUGUUCCUGUCUACCAAUGCAGAGUGAGCAGCUCAGGAUCAGAAAAGCGCAAGCACUCGACUGCAUUUCCUGAGAGCGGUGCAAACUUCAUGGAAUCCGCGUCAGGUCCUGUGAACAAGCAGCAGUUCCUGGCUCCGAGUACCAGCGCCGAUGAAGGGCCAUCUGUGGCUUCCUGCAGCUCUGCUCGACACAUUGUGAGCCUCAACAGUGGCGGCGUAGAAGUGAGCGAUGCUCAGCCUGUCCAUCAUUCCAGCUCGGUGUUCAGUCCCGCCCACUACCCCAACGCUGGCUCCACCCAACAGGCUAUGCUGCCACAGUACAAUGGCCGUAAGAUCCUCAUGUGUACAGUGGACAACUGCUACUGCUCCAGCAUGCCCUCUGUGUCCGGACACCAUGGCCACCCUUCCUACUCGCGCUCACCCUCUUUCGCCUGGGCGCAGGAUUUUUCCCACCCAAUGCCCCCCCCAGCUCCCUCCAUGUCCCAGCCAAUGCAGAACAUCUCAGUGCGGGGCAACUGGAUUGGCACUUCACAGAGCCAUAGGCACCCCGACUUCUACAGCCUCUAUGGAGAACCUUCUACUAAACACUAUGUCACCAGUUAACCAUUUUUUUCCCCCAUUCCCUUUUUCUUUCUCUUGCUUCUUUUCCUUUUGCUUUCUCUCUGUUUAUUUUGUCAUCACGUAAAACAACCAUUGCAUUCUGAAGGCACUUUGUCUCAUUUUAUAUUAGUCAAGGUAAGGCUUGUGGCCCUCCCAGCCACAUAUCUUCCUUCUCAAGUCUAUUAAAAUCCCUGUCCGCCACUGUACGGUCUUUUGAAAAAAGGGAAUUUGUGGCUGUCCUUUUAAAAUUGAAAACAGGCCAUGGAUAAUUGCAGAUUCUGCUGACCCAAAGCAGGUAAUAUUAAGCUUUCCAUAGGGCCAGCUUCAAGUCCUUCCUCUGCCCCAUCUUCCAGCCUUUAGUAUGUUUGGGGGGAAGGAGGUGGCAUCUUUUUAUAAUAAAUUUGGUCUGUAAUUCUCUGUGUAAUUAGGGGAAACAACCAUUUAUUGCAUCUCUAUGAUGCCUAAUCUUCCUUUUAUUUUUGUUGGUUGGAAAGGGUUUGCUAUCUAUUAUAGGAAAAAGGUAAAAAGUUUAAAAA